GAGAAUGAAGACCAUUCUCAGCAAUCAGACUGUCGACAUUCCAGAAAAUGUCAACGUUACUCUGAAGGGACGCACAGUUAUCAUAAAGGGCCCCAGAGGAACCCUGCGGAAGGACUUCAAUCACAUCAACGUAGAACUCAGACUCCUUGGAAAGAAAAAAAAGAGGCUCCGGGUUGACAAAUGGUGGGUUAACAGAAAGGAACUGGCUACCGUUCAGACUAUUUGUAGUCAUGUACAGAACAUGAUCAAGGGCGUUACACUGGGCUUCCGUUACAAGAUGAGGUCUGUGUAUGCUCACUUCCCCAUCAACGUCGUUAUCCAGGAGAAUGGGUCUCUUGUUGAAAUGCGAAAUUUCUUGGGUGAAAAAUACAUCCGCAGGGUUCAGAUGAGACCAGGUGUUGCCUGUUCAGUACCUCAAGCCCAGAAAGAUGAAUUAAUCCUUGAAGGAAAUGACACUGAGCUUGUUUCAAAUUCAGCAGCUUUGAUUCAGCAAGCCACAACAGUUAAAAACAAGGAUAUCAGGAAAUUUUUGAAUGGUAUCUAUGUCUCUGAAAAAGGAACUGUUCAGCAGGUUGAUGAAUCAGAUCUAAGAGUUAUCCAGCUACAGAAAGAAGACGCCAGAUGACUCCUAAGACAUACUUGUGAUAUUUAAAUGACGCAAUAAAAGACCUAUUGAUUUGGACCUUCUUAAAAAAAAAAAAGACUACUCUGGGCUAGGCGCCGUGGCUCACGCCUGUAAAAUUUUGGGAGGCCGAGACAGGUGGAUCACCUGAGGUCAGGAGUUUGAGACCAGACUGACCAACAUGGCGAAACCUCAUCUCUACUAAAAAUACAAAAAUUAGCUGGGUGUGGUGGCGGGCACCUAUAAUCCCAGCAACAUGGGAGGCUGAGGCAGGAGAAUCGCUUGAACCCAGGAUAUGGAGGUUGCAAUGAGCCAAGACCACUCCAUUGCACUCCAGCCUGGGCAACAAGAGUGAAACUCCAUCUCAAAAAAAUAAAAAAAAAAAAAAAGACUACUCUGGGAAAUAGACAGAAGAGGAACAAAGUGGAACUACCAAGGCCAGCCAGGAAUUACCGCCUCUUUUGUAAGAAAUGAUAACUGGGCCAGGCACGGUGGCUCACGCCUGUAAUCCCAGCACUUUGGGGGGCCAAUGAGGGCACAUCACCUGAGGUCAGGAGUUUGAGACCUGCCUGGUCAACAUGGUGAAAUCCUGUCUCAACUAAAAAUAUAAAAAUUAGCUGGGCACGGUGGUGGGUGCCUGUUAAUCCCAGCUACUUGGGAGGCUGAGGCAGGAGAAUCACUUGAACCCAGGAAGAAAGAAAAAAAAAAGAAAAGAAAAAAAUGGUAACUGGGAAAAUGGCAAUGAAGAUCACAGGAAACAGCCAAUUCAAGGAAUUCCUAGUUUUCGGAUAUAAUAUUCUUCUAUUUCUCUUAUGUAUUUUUAUUUCACAUUAUAAAUUAAAUUAAACAUAAUAGUUCAUUGAGAGGGUGGUUAUAAAUAUGGAUAAAGCUAAACAAAUUUACCCUUUGACUCAGUAAUCCAUCUCUAGGACUUUACCCAAAGUUACUUCACAAAUGAGAAACAACAUAUGCAGAAAGUGAUUUACUGAGGCAUUAUCUGUACUAUCAAGAGACUAAAAAACACCAAAUGCCCAUCAAUAAGAUAUCAGCUGAAUAUCUGAUGACACAGACAUAAAGCGCUGUGCAACCACAAAAUAUGAUAAGGAGGCCGGGCACGGUGGCUCACGCCUGUAAUCUCAGCACUUUGGGAGGCCGAGGCAGGCGGAUCACGAGGUCAGGAGAUCGAGACCAUCCUGGCUAACACAGUGAAACCCCGUC